AAAGGGACUGCAAGCCAAAGACCGUCCCUGAGGCCCAGCCGGGAAAGAAGGCAAGAAAGAGAGAGCCAAGUAAAGAAAGGGCCAGAGGCUUUUUUCCAACUAGCAUCCUCACCUGCCGAGCUGUUGCUACUCCUCUCUCAUCUCACCUGUCGCUGCUGAGCCAAGAUGCGGUCCUUGUUGCUUCUCCUCAUUCUUCUGGGCUGGACCGAAGCCCGGAGGUUGUCCGGCGGUCAGCAUCGCCAUCAUAGUCACUGUAUCCGGGCUGACGAACUGGAGGACGGAGAGGUGCCCAAGGUCUUCCGGAGCCGGACCGCCCGGUGGGCGGACCACCCAUCCAUCCAGCUGGUGCCCGUCCUGGAGAGUGAGCAGAGUGGACGCCGGCGGCACCGGCGGCACCACCAUAAGCCUGGAUGCCCAAACCUCAGGCUGGUGAACACUCUCACCGCCGACAUCAGCGAGCGAUCCAUCUCGCCCUGGAGAUACAUCAUCAAGGAGGACGCCGACCGCAUUCCGCGCCAUCUUGCCUUUGCCGAGUGCCUUUGCAACGGCUGCAUCGAUGUCAAGACCGGGCUGGAGACCAAAGACCUCACUUCGGUGACGGUGGAGCAGAGCAUGAUGGUGCUGAAGCGCAAGCCCUGCCGGCAUCCUGAGGAUGACGCAGAAGGUUUUGUGUUCGAGACAACCACCAUCAAAGUCCCAGUGGCCUGUGCUUGUGCCCUUGUCCGCAGCUGAGCCCAGUUCAGGUCUACGCCUCCCACGCUCCCAUGGAGUCGGUGGCAGACCCAACCAGGACCCAACCAAGACUUGACAUGUUAGUCUUGACCGUUGUGUUUGUUUUAAAGCACUUGCUUGUUUCCCUGUUCCCCCAUCCUCAUGUGUCCUUGCUCUUUAUCACUAGGAGGUUCUGCGUUUUCUCUCCUAACUGGAUGGGAGUUGGAAAGAGAGCCCGAUCCAAACCCCAAAAGGCAACCACAAAAAUGCCAAUUGUUUUGGCAAAUUAGUUGUCAUUUUAAGAGCAGUUCUCAGAAAUUGGAAGUCCUCAAAGCAGGGCUUGGAUGCCUCCAAUAACGAUUAAAAAUACUGGGUGGGUUUCACCAUCACGGUUACGAAUGCACAACCCAAAGUUACAUAUCCAUAACCAAUUUGUAUCCAUGAUUCAAGGGAUACACGUGGAUCAUAAAAGUUAUGUAUGGGCAACCUCUAGUCCAGAAAAUGAAAGAUCUCAAACAUCUACAAGCUUUUGUUUUCUAGAGUUUGUCUAACAUGACAAAAUCUGUUUUUGCUGGAUAGCAGCUGCUGCGAGUGACAAAGAUCUGUUCUUCUGUUGAUUGGGAUGCAAUGAACAUUUUCACUUCCCUUCCUUUAAUGAUAGCCAGUGCCGUAGAGAUACUGAUUCUGGUUGUUGGACCAGAUAUUAUGGAGUUGGACAUGAGUCUGAUGCUUCUCAAUCACUAGGACAACAGAGUCCUGAUGCUUGCAGCAGCUGCUACUCGUCAAUUAGAAUCACUAUUGGUUGUGCCAAUAGAACCCAGUUGGUUGAAUAUAACUGACUUGUAUCCUUAAUUGAGUGGCAAAUCUACAAUCUCAUAUGGCCCCCGGUGGUGCAGUGCGUUAAAGAACUGAGCUGCUGAACUUGCUGACUGAAAGGUUGUAGGUUAGAAUCUGGAGAGGGGCAUGAUCUCAAAAGUCUGGACAUUUGGUUUUCUGGACUAGAGUUUGCUAAUUUGCUGGGCAGCAGCUGCUGUGAGUGACAUAGAUCUCUUCUCCUGUACAUUCCUCUUCCAUGAGCGAUUCCCAAUAACAGGGAUCCUUCUUCUAUCAUGGAUAGUAUUGAGGUAGAAACAUUAUUCUGGUUCAUUUAAAUCAAUAGGAGAACAGAGCGCUGUUGUUUGCAGCUGUUGCUGUUCAAUGAAGAGAGAUUGCAGAGGUCUAGCCAAUGAAUACAUAAAUCAGUAACGACAAUCUCAGCUCUGGGGUACUCCCUCAGAACUUUUUAAUAGCAUCCAUGGAUCAGAACAGUCAUGGAUGGGCAAAUUUGAGUACAAGAAACGAAAAUAUCUCAAAAGUCUAUAGACAUUUUAGUUUUCUAGAGUGUGCUUACAUAUGAUGCAAUCUUGUCUUAUUGGAUGGCAGCUGCUGCAAGAGGCAGAGAUCUCUUCUAUUGAUCAGGAUAAAGCAGCUUGACAUUUCCAUUGUAAUCGCCAAUGAGACAGAGAUCCUUCUUCUAAUUGUUGAAGUUUGUAGAAAAGAAUUGGGGUAGAAACAUCAUUCUGAUGCAUCUCAAUCCAUAGGUGAACAGAGCUCCAUCGCUUGCAUCAGCUGCUGCCUUAUAAGAUUGCCAAGGGAUACCACUUGAUUGAGUAUAUUUAACUAACAUGUAUACUUAAUUAACUAAUCUGCUAUCCCAGCAAUCGUUUAAUUUGGAGGUACUCCAAUUCAUCUUUUCAGUAGCUGCUUUUUAUGGCAUCUAGUCAUAAAAGAUCUCAAAAGGAGGCAGAACAAUGCAGACCUUUCCGGAUUCAGAUAUAGAGCAAGUCAAAUUAUACUGAUUUCCUCCCUCCCUUUAUUUAAAGACACUUUUAUUAUUUGCGUAUUUAUUUAUUUAUUACAGUAUUUAUGUAUUGCCUUCCUGCCAACCAACAAAAGCAUAGCAGAAGGUAUUUUUGAAAAAGCAUCCACGAGUGUC